GAUUUGGACGAUAGCAUCGACUCGUCAACAAUGGUUCCCUCAUCUAAAGACACAACAUUGAAGCCAUUGAUGGAUCAGACCAUCACGUCAUCGACCACUAAGACCAACACAACCACAUCGGAUGUGGAGUCAGAUUUGGGUACUUUGAUCAUCAAUGAUGAAUCCGAUAACGACGACUUCAACGAUAGGACGUUGAAACCGGCAUACCUUCAACACUUUGAACGCAAUGAGUUAAAACUGGUCAAUAAUACAAACAGCGAUGGCGUAAACAUAGUGUCUUCGGCGUCGACUAAUCAAUCAAAUGACGUGCAAACCAUGCGAGGGUUGACCGCCGACGGUAACCUCAACCACAACACCGCUAACAAUAAUCAUUACGAAAACAACUACUCAAAUGUGACCACUAGUGGGCAAUCAUUCGCGCAAACGUCACCCCAACUGCAACCGCCCCCACAGUAUCUACCGGUUGGCCAUUCG